AUCCCAAUUAAAACCCACCACAUCACCACAUCACCACAUCACUUGCCACAUCAUUAUGUACAAAUUUUCUGUCUCCCAAUCCAAACCUUCUUCCCACCGAAAAACUCGGUCACAACACACUUACAUCACCACGUGUCACUCCUCCUCUUCACGCUCCUCUGGGCCCCACCUAACCAUCCGCACCCGACCCGUAUUACAAACACCCAUAAUUACCUUCUCUCUACUCUCUCUCAUCCCCGUCGGCGAUCAAUACACAACAUAAAACAUAUACACACACAGACCUGUAUCUAUCUCAUCUCCAAUCUCCUCCAUUCCUCACCGUCCGAUCAUCCUCGCGAUCCGUGAUUGACAUCAUCGAGGUGGCUGAGUGAAUUAGGUUUGUUUUGUUUCGUUCCGUAUCGAAUCGAGUGAAAAAGUAAAGUCAUGUCGGGGCCUCUGGAUCGAUUUGCGAGACCUUGUUUUGAGGGGUCCUCUGGUAAUGAGGAGAGAAGAGAAAGAAAAUCCGACUAUGAAAACUCAGAGGAUGAAAGAAGGACGAGAAUUGGCUCUUUAAAAAAGAAGGCCCUAAAUGCAUCUUCCAAGUUUAAGCAUUCUCUCAAGAAAAAGGGCAGCAGACGGAAAAGUGAUGGCCGAGUUAGUUCUGUUUCUAUAGAAGAUAUUCGCGAUGCUGAUGAGCUACGAGCUGUGGAUGCAUUUCGCCAAGUACUUGUCUUAGAUGAACUGCUGCCUGAACAACAUGAUGAUUAUCAUAUGAUGUUGAGAUUUUUAAAGGCGAGGAAAUUCGAUAUUGAGAAGGCGAAGCAAAUGUGGGCUGAUAUGAUUCAAUGGAGGAAGGAUUUUGGAACCGACACAAUUUUGGAGGAUUUUGAAUUUCAUGAGUUGAAUGAAGUUUUAAAGUAUUACCCACAAGGUAAUCACGGCGUGGACAAAGAGGGAAGACCCGUAUAUAUUGAAAGAUUAGGAAAAGUUGAGCCUAACAAACUUAUGCAAGUAACAACUAUGGAUCGGUACAUAAAAUACCAUGUGAGGGAGUUUGAGAAAACUUUCAAGGUUAAGUUUCCAGCAUGUUCUAUUGCUGCAAAAAGGCAUGUUGAUUCAAGCACGACAAUUUUAGAUGUUCAGGGAGUGGGGUUGAAGAAUUUCACGAAAGUAGCACGAGAACUCGUUAUGCGGCUUCAGAAAAUUGACGGCGACAACUACCCUGAAUCGCUUCAUCAAAUGUUUAUCAUCAAUGCUGGUCCUGGUUUUAGACUGCUCUGGAGUACUGUCAAGUCUUUCCUGGAUCCCAAAACCACUUCAAAGAUUCAUGUUCUUGGAAACAAGUAUCAGAACAAAUUGCUUGAGAUUAUAGAUACCAGUGAAUUACCAGAAUUUCUUGGUGGUAUCUGUACUUGUGCAGAUCAAGGGGGUUGUCUUCGUUCUGAUAAAGGACCAUGGAAAAACCCUGAUAUUUUAAAGAUGGUUCUAAGAGGGGAAGCUGGGCAUGCCAGACAGGUUGUUAAAGUCUUAAACAGCGAAGGAAAGGUAGUUGCUUAUGUUAAGCCUCGCUACCCAAUGGUAAAAGGCAGUGAUACAUCUACUGCUGAGUCAGGAUCUGAUGCUGAAGAUAUUGCUUCUCCAAAAUCAAUGAGGAGUUAUUCACAUCUUCGACUGACUCCUGUUCAUGAAGAGGCCAAAGUAAUUGGAGCUAUUCAUUCUAGUGCCUUCUUGGGAUAUGAUGAAUACAUACCAAUGGUUGACAAGGCUGUUGAUGCUGGAUGGAAGAAGCAAUCAUCCUUCAAAAAGCUUGCUGCUUCUACAGGUACGCCUGUGCCCACACCUCCACCACUGGCCUCUCAAAAGACACCAGAAGGAUAUCAUGCAAGGAUCAAAACAAUUCUUCUGACUUUUUUCAUGACCCUUUACACACUCUUUUACUCGGUGGCCAGGCAUGUAAUGAAUAUAUAUUCUGGAAUAUCUUCCCUGGAUAGCCAAAAUGUUCAGGAAGUUGCCACUGGAACAGUGCCCAAGGAUGAACUAUACCCCCCUUCACCAACUUCAAAAUUUACCGAGACAGAGUUGCUCUCAUCUGUUUUAAAAAGACUAGGUGAACUCGAAGAAAAGAUGGACACACUCAAGGCAAAACCCUCUGAAAUGCCGCAUGAGAAAGAGGAAUUACUCAAUGCUGCUGUUUGCCGUGUGGAUGCUCUAGAAGCAGAGUUAAUUGCAACUAAAAAGGCUCUUCAUGAAGCUUGGAUGAGGCAAGAAGAAUUGCUUGCUUAUAUAGACUGUCAAGAAGAAACUAAGUUCCGGAAGAAGUCUUGUUGGUGAAAAGCCAUAAGUACCUUGUUAAAGGAUAUACUCUGACCUGUGUGCUGAUAUGAUGUAAGCCGAGAAUUUGAUGUUGUGAGCUGACAUGUUGAUGGAGUACUUUACUUGUAUAAAUUAUUGAAUUUUUUUAUUUUAAUUUUGUACUAAUCUAUGAGUUGAUGUAUCUUUUUACUUCGAGUGAAAUGACAUUUUAUUUAGUAU